UUACGAAUGUAAACAAUUUCUGCAUACAGGCGGACAAAUUGGUUGAUUUGACAGCAGUCGGUGUUAUAACUCAUAGCACGGAAAUAAAAUGGUGCCUAAAAGAAAAGUGAAAACUGAAGGCAAGUCAUCGGAUAGAAAGCAAGGAUCAGAUGGCACAGGAAAAGUGGAAUGCGCUGUAUAUUCAACGCCUGGUGAUAAUUCAGGUUCAGAAGAAGCAUUAGAUUCUUCAAAGUACUCUAGCAGGAAACUGAACAGCAACUGGCAAAAAUACGACGACGAAGUCAAUUUGGUGUCUGAAUCGAGAGGUCUAAAUUUUUCAGAUUUCUCCAAGCAAAAGCCAUCAGCCAGCACAGAUUCAUACUUUAGGUUUUCGAGUGAAAAAAAUUGGGGUGUUCUAGAAAAGUUUGACGACUACUUUAAACUCAAUGUUAAUGAUUUGUGCAGAGAAAUCAUGUGUAUUCCUGUACAUGAAAGACUGAAAUUAGAACCGUGUUUGCUGACAACUGAACAAAUAGAAACUUUUGACAGUGAUGCCAAAAUGUAUGAAAAUCGAAUGAAAGCACCUCUGGCUCUCACCAAAAACAUAACUGGGAAAAUGUUAUCUUUAUUGACAACUGAAAUUGAAUCAAAAGAUGAAGCAAAAUCCUGCAGCACAGGCUGGCAUCAUCCAGAUGAAGAACUUGCCGACAAGCAGCAGAAGACGUGGGAUAACAACUGUGAAAACUUUUUUAGUCUCAGUGGUGUUGAAGAAGAAUUAGACUUAAUAUUAGCAAUGCCAACAAUGGCAUUACCUUCUGCACCUGAAGUUUCAUCCGACACAGAAGAUGUUUCUGAAGAAUCAUCUGUGGUACACUCUAAUCUUGAACUUCAAAAUGACUGGCUUGAUUCACUAUUAGACGAGGAUUGAUCCGAUUAGAAACCAUGGCUAUCAGUAGUCUUACGAAAUGUCUUAAAUUUAUUCAUAAAAGAAUCGCAUUUUGCUACCAUUAAGGCAAAGAAAAAGGGAAAGAAAAUACACGGGCCAUGGAAGCGA